AUGUACAACGGUAUCGGACUGAAGACCCCAAGGGGGUCAGGGACCAAUGGGUACAUUCAGACAAACAUUGCGCAUAUCCGAAACGCCAGAAACACAGUCAGAGAUUACGAGAAAUUUAGGAACGAAUUAAAGAUGAAUAGCAUAGUGGACAAAAGGCAUACCUGUGAUUAUUCAAUUAUUGAACACUCAGAAAAAAGAAAAAUAGAGUUAAAGGUUUUACUAUAUGAAGAAAAACUGCGAGAGGAGGGGAAACAAAGCAUCCAAGAUUUAGUCGAUCAGUAUAGGAAUCAGUUAUAUGAAGAAUAUUACGAUGAUAAAAAAAGGAAAGAGAGAACAGUCGGUAUGCAUUCUAAUAGGGAUAAUACGUGUGAGGAAAAUACCCACAUGCUUAAUGAUAGGAAAAAAAAGCAACUAGAGGAUUUUCAGAGGGCCCUACGAAUUCGAAGAGAAAAUAGUCGCGAUCGGGGGAUGCUACCAGGGAGGGAUGACGCCAAGGGGGGUGCAUCCUAUGGACCGAAAAAUGGGGAAAAAGGUCGAGAAGAAAAUAACAUAAGCAAGGGUCUGGGAAGGCAACCCAAAAGAGAUACCAAAAAAGUGAAGGAAAAGAAAAAGGAAAAGAAAAAGAGAAAAGAAAAGAGACACGGCAAAAAGCACAAAUCUAGGAGGGAAAAAAGGGAACUUUCUGACGACAGUGAUGAUACAUACCAGGGAGGAAGUAGCGAAGAGAGUGAUGAAGAGGACGACGAGGGUGGGAGCCCCUCAAGAAGCGUCGCAACUAGUAGCGACGCAACCAGCCGUGACGCAACUAGUAGUGACUCAAACAGCAGUGACGCAACAAACAGUGACGCAAACAGCAGUGACGAUUAUUCCGAUGCAGACUCUAGUUCACCUUCAGAAGAAUCAGACCAUUCGGGAAACUUCGAAUCGUCUGAAUCUUCGGUGGCUUCCAGUGACGACAGCUCCAUACAUAACGCAAAGCGUGGGAAGCCUCUUAAAAAGGAACGGCGAGAUGGAAAGAAAAAAAGGAAGAACAGUUCUGAGGAGUCUUCUUAUCAGAGAAUAAGAAUGCAUAGAACCAACAAAAGAAGAAAAUCGAAAGAUAGAAGGAAAAGUUCGGAUGCGUUUAACUCAUCAAGCGAUGCAUCCGAUUCGGUCAAUUCUAGCAGUUCACGUGACUCAAGCGAUGCCUCACCACGGCGUCGAUCCGACCGAAUGAAAAAGAAACCCGUUGGCAAGGGGAAGGAACGAGAGAAAACUAAAAGUGUUGCUGCCAUACGUAAGGAUGAAGAUCGAAAACGUGUGAGCAGCAGGAAGGAUCGAGAUAAGAGAGGCGGGCGCAGCGGGAGAAUAGAUGAGUCAGGUGAAGAAAGCAGUGGAAGUGAAACAAGUGACAACCGUGACGAACGCGACAAACACGACAAACGCGACAAACGCGACGAACGCGACAAACGCGACAAACGCGACGAACGCGACGAACGCGACAAACGCGACAAACGCGACGAACGCGACGAACGCGACAAACACGACAGGAGGGAUAAGCGUAACAAUCAUGACAACCGUGACGAACGGGACAAUCGGGACAAACGUGAAAAACGUGACCGACGUGACCAUAGUGAAAAGCCCGAAGGGCCAAAUAAACGCUCCCCGAAGAAAGUCUCGCACGCUCACGCGCGCGCCCGGGCAAGGGGUUCCUCCUCCCCCAGCAGAAGCAUAAUGCGCCGGCACGAUGAUGCCCAACCGAACGAUCACAGAUCUGAAAAAGCGCAUAAAGACAGGGAUAAAAAGCAGAGUGAUAAAUACAGAAAAAGAAGUGCCAGUAGUAAAAGUAGUAGUCUCGGUGCACCGAGAAAGAAGAAAAGAAUCGAAAGUGGAACUGAUUUCCGUGCGGACAAUCAUGAAAGGAAGAAUAAUCAAAAAAAUGAAAGCCAAAAUUUCGAUAAUGCCAAUUGUGAGAACACACAAUUUGAGAGUGAAAAAUUGAACAAGCAACCCACCAAUGAGGAAACGUUACAAAUUAUUAACAGCAUAAAAAAGUACUACAGCAAAAAAGGAAGAAACAACUGUGAAAAAUCCGAGGAAAGGAAUUCUCCACAGAGACACUUGAGUUAUAAUGAUGCCAGUCCAUCAGAACACAGGAUAGAAGGUCGAGAGAAAAACAACAAGAGGAGUGAUUCCUUUGACAAGGUCAGUAGCGAGCGCAGCAGUAGCAAUAGCAGUAAUAGACGUAGAGCCACCAAACACAGCCGUGCCAAACGUAAAGAUCACAAAGAAAGAGAAUCGCGAAGCCCAAGUGCACAAAAUGGCCACCGGAAAAGUACUCAUAGGAAAGGAGAAGGAACAACAAAUGAAAAAAGUGAUGGUAGACGUAAAAAACAUACGGAAGAUGAUAAAAAAGGAAAAGAUGGAAACAAGGAAAAGUCAGAAAAUCUUAAAAGUAGACCGAAAGAAGGAAAGGAACAUAAGCAGGUGAGUGAAGAAGAGCAUGAAAAAUCACAGAGUAAAAAGGAAAAGGAAAGAGACGAUAAAAAGGUAACCAGGAAAGAAACUCCAGCGGAGGAAGAAGUGCACCAACAGGAAAUAAAACAAAGCAGUAAUGACAAAAAUGAGACGGAGACCAAAGGGGAUGAUAACAGGAACGCAAAAGAACGGAAAAAGAAAUUUCUGUUUUUUUAA